CCCCGUGCCCUCCCCGUUGCCGGCGUCUCCCUUGGGCGGCCCAGAGAGGAUCCCAGGCCCCUGCUCUCUCCGAUUCUCGCUUCUGGACCCUCACCACCCAGCCCUGCACUGAACACCAAGACCUUUUGCAGAGCGCUUUCCUUAAUCCCUGGGAUUCUUUAUAUAGGAAUUAAUCUUUCGUCACAGUGCGAGAGAUGGGAGACCCGGGGCGGGGUGUAUGCAUCCAUCUCUGGCGUGGAGGGCUAGGGUUGCAUGGCGUGGGAUUUGCACUCUCUCCUGGUCUGGGCUUAGCUUCGCCUUUCUUCAUUGGGGCAGGGAGAGUAGAAAAGCAGCCCGGCAAAACCCUCUUAGGCUCAUGGUGAGUGGGAGUCAGGGAGCAUAGCAGAAUGGCUGAACAAGAAGGUAGUGGCUUGCAGGUCCUUCUGUCUACUCUUCAGACUUCUUGCGACAAGGAUGUGAUUCUGAAUAUCUUAAGCGUUCUCACUGAUCUUCUUUCUGUUGGGACAAAUAGGAGGCUUCUCUACACGAUCAGCAAAGGCGGAAGUGAAGCACUUCUACAAGCCUUGGUGAAUGCUGCCCAGGUGCCCGUUCCUGACUAUGAGAUCCUCUUGCCUCUGCUUCGUCUCUUGGCCAAAGUGGGGCAAAAAGAUAAGAAAUUUGGACUGAAAGCACAAAGACUGGGAGCACUUGACACAACACUCAGCUUGGCAAGGAAGAACAUAAAUCAUCCCCAGAAUCUCACCCACUGUCUUUGGGCCCUGCAAGUGUAUGCUUCUAGUGUUACAGCUGGAACCAUGCUGGGUAUUAACGGGGCGAUGGAGCUGCUUUUCAAAGUGAUCACACCUUACACCAGGAAGCGCACCAGAACAACAAGGGCAGUGGUUGAAGCUCUGGCAGCUUUGCUGAAAUCAAAAUCUAACAGUCGCCGAGCUGUAAACAGAGGAUAUGUUUGCCAGCUGCUGCGUCUGCACCAGGACUGGCAUCGCCAUGAUACCUCUAACAAUUAUGUUCACAUCCGGAGGGGUCUCCUGCUUUGCCUCAAGCACAUCACCAAUGUUCGCUCUGGUCGAGAAGUCUUCCUUCUUUCUCAUGGCCUGGAAACUCUCGUCACAACAGCUCAGGACGGCUUGAUUAGCAAGAAUCUAGAUGGAAUAGUAAACACAGUGACUCAGAUCCUGAGGAAGACCUUACCCAAGAUGCCGCUUCCUUCUGCUGCUCUUAGAAGUUCCUAUUCCUUUCCUAUACCUGGGAGAACUGAACCUUCUCAAGCUAGACCUGAAGGCUAUUUUGAAUAUGACAUUGAGGAGGAAAUUGAAAGAGACUUAGAUAAUGAUGUGGAAAAUAAAGAGGAUGAUGAUGACUUGGAAACGGAUGCUGAGAAACUCCUAUCAAAACCAGAGCUUGACCGGCCAGAAUCAGAGCUGAAGCAGUAUAAGACCAUGUGUCCAGAACUUUGCUGUAACUUUGGGGAAUCAGAGUCAGAGUCUGAAAACGAGAUCAACUCUGAGGAUGUCUCUGCAACGCUGACCCGUUCCUGUCUCCAUGUGAUUCCAAAUUCAGCUUCCUCAAAUCGCCAGCCAGAGUGCACAGAGAGGGACCAAAUAAUUCAAAAGGAACAACUGUCCCAAAGAGCUUCUACGGUUCUAGUGAAGAACUCAUUGAAAAGAGAGAAACCUUCUCAAGGGCCUAGGAAAGUAAUCCGCAAUGAAUCUCAGUCUUUGACGGAUUCUUUUAGUGAAGGAGAAGACCCAAAGUGUGCUGCUGCUCUGCAUCCUCUUGCCAAAGAGCCACUGCGGGACAGAAGAACGGCACCUUCUCCGUCUAUGAAUUCCUGCCGAUCCAAUUGCCAAGAGACCGUGGGGGCUUCUGAGGUAGUAACAAAACUUUUGGAGAGACACCCAGGCAAUAUCCCUUUCCACAACCCUCACUACUAUAUGGCAAGGGCUGGCUGUACCAAGUCCAUUCCAGACUACAGAGUCCUGGCGUUCCCAGAUCUCUGGGGUCACGUGCCUCCUCCUUAUAGUCAGUUUUUACAGCAGAGAAGACACGGUGUCCAGAGGGCCAAAAUCUUUGAAGAUGUUCAUCGUGUUAUUCAGCCAAAUGACAUAAUCAAUCAAAUUGCAUUUGACUUAGAUGGCACAAGCUCUGAUGCUCCAGACUGCCUGAAGUUCUUCUCCAAGUUUGAAUCUGGGAAUCUUCGCAAAGCCAUCCAAGUGCGAGAGUAUGAGUAUGACUUGAUUCUAAACCCCGAUAUCAACUGCUCCCAGCACCAUCAAUGGUUCUACUUUGAAGUCAGUGCCAUGAAAACAGCCACUCCUUACCGCUUCAACAUCAUCAACUGUGAGAAGCCUAACAGUCAGUUUAAUUUUGGCAUGCAGCCUGUCAUGUACUCAGUGAAGGAAGCUCUUCAGGGCAGACCUCACUGGAUUCGCGUGGGCUAUGAUAUCUGCUAUUACAAAAACCAUUACCGAAAUUGUGCAGCAAACGCAGCAGCAGAAGGUCCCCGUGGAAAAUGGUGCUACACACUCACCUUCAACAUGGUUUUUCCCCAUAAGGAAGAUGUCUGCUACUUGGCCUACCAUUACCCCUACACCUACUCUGCUAUGAUGUCUCAUCUCGACCUCCUGGAGCAAACCACAAACCACAAGAAAAUCUUCUUCCGGAAGCAAACUCUGUGCCAUACUUUAGGAGGAAACCCUUGCCCUCUGCUCACCAUCACUGCCAUGCCGGAAUCAGAGAGGAGCCAUGACAUGGAGGAGUUUCGUGACCGUCCUUAUGUGAUGCUUGUGGCACGAGUUCACCCUGGUGAGAGCAAUGCCAGUUGGGUAAUGAAGGGGACGCUGGAGUUUCUCCUCAGUCGUGAUCCCACUGCAGAUCUGCUGAGGCACUGCUACAUCUUCAAGAUCGUCCCCAUGCUGAAUCCGGAUGGAGUCAUCAACGGCAACCAGCGCUGCUCCUUAAGUGGGGAAGAUUUGAACCGACAGUGGCUGAGCCCCCGACCGGCAUGCCAGCCCACCAUUUACCACACCAAAGGCCUGCUUUACUACCUCACCAGCCAAGGUCGAACUCCAGUGGUGUUUUGUGACUACCAUGGCCAUUCCCAGAGGAAGAAUGUAUUCCUAUAUGGAUGCAGUAUAAAGGAGACCUUAUGGCAAGCAGGCUGCACAGUUGACCCCACUGUUGUCACCGAGGACGUUGGAUAUAGGACUCUGCCAAAGAUUUUGGACAAAGUGGCUCCUGCCUUUCUCAUGAGCAGCUGCAGCUUCCUGGUGGAGAAAUCUCGGGACGCCACGGCCCGGGUGGUCGUUUGGAGGGAAAUGGGGGUCCUGCGGAGCUACACCAUGGAAAGCACCUACUGCGGCUGCAGCCACGGCCUCUACAAGGGUCUACAGCUUGGGACUCAUGAACUGGAGGAGAUGGGAGCCAAGUUCUGCCUCGGACUCCUGGUUCUGCAGCUGAAAUCCUUGCCCUGCAGCCAGAAGGUGAUGGCUCAUGCAGCCACUCUGCUGGACAUCGAGGAAGAAAUCACCGACCUCCGGGCACAAAGGAUUGCAAACCCUGCUUUCAUCAAUGUCUCCGGCCAUGUGGCAUUGCAGCCCCAACAUCGCUGCAGUUCCUUUUCCGAUUCUUCCUAUCAACAUAGAGAAGAGAGGUGUUGUGGGAGGUAAUUCGGGAAUGAGGGCCCCUUGCUCCCUCUUUCAUGUGUAAAAUAAAAUAAAAUAAGACCUGAACAGAGCUUCUGUCAGCUGCAGUUAACUUCCAGAAAGUUAAUAGGGCUUCUGAGCCUACAUCUCUCUCCUUUGCCCUCUUGUCACCUUUGGGUAUCUUUGGUUAGCAGCAAUUACUGCCUUUGCCCUCACUCGCCUUCCUAUUAGCUCCUCAUUUUGUAUGCAGAAGGGACGGGAAACAUUCAAGUCUGGCAAACAGGCCUGAACCCCGGCAUUAUUUGUGCCCUCUUGGAGUUUCUCUUACAUAACCUUUCCUGCAAAAGUCGAUAAACUAAUUGGUACUUUAUGAGACAGCCAUGGCAGCCGAAAGAUCAAAAGGAAGAUAUCUGUGUCCCCGAAUCCGCGGUUGCACAGACCGAGAUAUGACUGAGCGAUGGCAGGGUGAGAUAAAGCGAUCACACUGAAAGAUACAGUAAACACUUCUGGAUAGAUGUACAAGCAAGAUAGCAUGGAUAUAUAUAGGCAGCAUUAAAAAAGAUGGAUAUUGUGAGGAAACCUAAAAUGAUUUGGUAGACAGGCAGAUUUUGUGGCUAGGUGCGCUGGAAAAAGGGGGGCAGUUAAACAGAUAAAUGUGAGAGAAAAUGGAUAAGGCUACAGCUUGUAAUACAGCUAGCAAUACAAGGAUGGAUACUGUUGAUAGAGAAAAUGCUAUAAAUCAAUACCGGCUAGAUUCUUAGGUCUUCCUUUCAAGUAUAACUGUUUUUCUCUCUUACGCACACACACAGCACCAAGGAAUGAAUGGCACAGUGUCUCCUCCGAAAUAAAAAGCAACCAAGCAACCAACGGGCACGUGUUUAAUUGUGCUGUUAAACAUUUAAGAGACGUUAGCUGGAGCAAGAAAAUAACCAUUUAUCAGCAGGUUCCAAGCUCUUGGGGCCUGAUGGAUGCUUUGCCGAUGGCACAAGGAGGAAUGACAUACAUUACUUCUCAGGGAACGAAAUAUUUGUUUGCAGAAAGGCCACUCUGAUGUGUAACUUGAUACUGGGUGUGUGAAUGUUUGUUUUGUAGAUAAGAAGCUUGCGUUUCCCAGCUGGCUAGUGGUGCACGGGAAUAAAGUCUUCUUAGAUUUGAUUGCGACUCAAUGCCAUCAAAAAGGCCACUGGGACAGGAAUACGUCACUGAACCAUAGGAGAAAAGGUACAAUAAACAUAAAACGACCAAUUAAAUGGAGAAGAAAGCCACUAAAUUGGUCAAGGAACUGAAAACAUCUUCUUUACUAUAAUAAGGAGUCAGUGUAGUUCCAUCCUAAGGAAGAUAUCUUCUACUUUUAAGGAACAGAUUACAACUCAGAAGAGAAAACUGAAGAUAUGUCUACACUGUAGAUUUUAUGCAUUGCAUUGCAACAACUCAGAAGAGAAAACUGAGGGUGCGUCUACACUGUAGAAUUAAUGCAGUUUCACACCACUUUAGCUGUCAUGGCUCAAUGUUAUGAAAACUGAAGUAUUACAAGUGUCAGUCCUUGGAAGCUAUAGGACAUAAUUCAAGCUCACACAGGUAGUUCCGUGGAAAUGCUUUAUUGAAAUCCUUCUUGCCAAGAUGAACACAAAGCUAGUACCAACCCGUUCCUGCCAAGACCCCAGCAUAUCAAACUCCUACUUCCCUCCAGCCCCCCUUCCACAUUCACACCUAUCUGUCGAUAGUAUUUUCCCAGGCUUGAAAACCAGAGCAGGCCAUAAAUCAAUCCGCCUAGCCAGAUGGCUCUUAUCAUUUAGGCUAUCUUCACCCCAUUGCUCUGGCAGGAUGGAAACAGUUCAGCUGGUGUGAAUGCUGGGUGUUCACAUCCUGACAACAAGGUCUUUUGUCUUCUCUGUCCAACUACAAAUUCCAUGAUUUCAUAUGGAAGCCAAGCGACAUCAAAUUCCACAGUGUAGGAGUACUAUGAGUUAAAAAAUUGUUUCAGACUCUCUCCAUUGGUGUGGAAUUUGCAUGACCCCGCCUACAGCUUCUCCCUUAACCCUUUCCUAUUCUUUUCUAAAGCACACAGUAAACAGAGGAAUUGCUCAGCAGCUGAACAUACUAGAGAGGUUUGGGGAGAAUUCACCAUGACUUACCUAACUUACUUAACUAACCUGGCAUACAGAGCCCCCAUGACCAACAAAAAUAGAGCGCGCGAUUUGGAUAAACACUCAUGCAGCGGAAGAUCAACGAAGAAUCACUGGCACCAAUAAAGAGGCUGAAGCCUGUUUGGCUUUCUACAAAAGAUUUACUAACAAACGGAAAACUCUCAAGACGAUAUAUACAGACAGAGUGCAGAGAGGCAGAGGGCAGAACAGACAACACAGGGAGCUAUUUAUAACCACCUCUGCUGUCUGAUGCAAUACACAGUUAACUCUUUUCACACUCGCAUAGUGGACAGCAGACAGUGCAUGAUGUAAUCUCCAUCUCACAUUGCAACACUAUAACUCAAUUACAUUUAAACAACUCUAUAUACAAUCAUUCCCACUUCAACACUUUUGUCUUCUCUGUCCAACUACAAAUUCCAUGAUUUCAUAUGGAAACCAAGUGACAUGAAAUUCCACAGUGUAGGAGUACUAUGAGUUAAAAAAAUGUUUCAGACUCUCUCCAUUGGUGUGGAAUUUGUAUGACCCCGCCUACAGCCUCUCCCUUAACCCUUUCCUAUUCUUUUCUAAGGCACACAGCAAACAGAGGAAUUGCUCAGCAGCUGAACAUACUAGAGAGGUUUGGGGAGAAUUCACCAUGACUUAUAGGAGUUGUAGGUACAGGGAUUUAUAGUCCAUUUGCAAUCUAAGAUCACUCUGAACUCCAUCAACGAUGGACAUGGAACUAAUCUGGCAUACAGAGCCCCUAUGACCAACAAAAAUAGAGCGCACGAUUUGGAUAAACACACAUGCAGCGGAAGAUCAACGAAGAAUCACUGGCACCAAUAAAGAGGCUGAAGCCUGUUUGGCUUUCUACAAAAGAUUUACUAACAAACGGAAAACUCUCAAGACGAUAUAUACAGACAGAGUGCAGAGAGGCAGAGAGCAGAGGGCAGAGGGGAGAACAGAUAACACAGGGAGCUAUUUAUAACCACCUCUGCUGUCUGAUGCAAUACACAAUUAACUCUUUUCACACUCGCAUAGUGGACAGCAGACAGUGCAUGAUGCAAUCUCCAGCUCACAAUGCAACACUAUAACUCAAUUACAUUUAAACAACUCUAUAUACAAUCAUUCCCACUUCAACACUUUUGUCUUCUCUGUCCAACUACAAAUUCCAUGAUUUCAUAUGGAAGCCAAGCGACUUCAAAUUCCACAGUGUAGGAGUACUAUGAGUUAAAAAAAAUGUUUCAGACUCUCUCCAUUGGUGUGGAAUUUGCAUGACCCCGCCUACAGCCUCUCCCUUAACCCUUUCCUAUUCUUUUCUAAGGCACACAGCGAACAGAGGAAUUUCUCAGCAGCUGAACAUACUAGAGAGCUUUGGGGAGAAUUCACCAUGUCUUAUAGGAGUUGUAGGUACUGGGAUUUAUAGUUCACCUGCAAUCUAAGAGCACUCUGAACUCCACCAACGAUGGAUGUGGAACUAACUUGGCAUACAGAGCCCCCAUGACCAACAAAAAUACUAGAGGUCCCAGCAAUCUGGGAAACACACAUCCAGGAACUUUACAGGGAGACCUCAUCAGACAUUGUGGGUGGAAAUGCCUGCCCAGUUUCGUCAAUGGAAAAUCUCUCCAUGUGGCCUCCAGUGAUGGCUUCAGAAAUUAAGAGUCUUGUAGCUCAAAACCAGGAAAGGCACCAGGAGAAGAUCUGAUCUCUCUUGAGGUCAUUAAGAACAACUUGGACUUCUGGUCCCCCAUCUUAGCAUCACUGUUUAUCUGCCUAGACAAAUAUGGUCGAAUACCAAAGGAUUGAGGGGCUGCCAAUUAUUGUCCCCAUAUAUAAAAAGAAAGGGAAACAGGAUGGUCCUGAAAACUGUAGACCCAUCAGCUUCCUUAAUGCCAUCGGCAAAAUAUACUCAAGCCAUCUUCAAUGAAAACUGCUGGACUGGAUGAAGCAAGAGAACAUACUUGCGGAGGAACAAGCCAGCUUCAGAGAAGGAUGAUCCACCAUCAACCAAUGCAUUGCAUUGGAACAUCUCAUAGAAAAAUAUUCUUCCCACAGGUCAUCUUCUCUCUAUGCUGCGUGUAUAGACUUCAAAGCAGCUUUCGAUUCUAUCUCCCGUACCAUAGUAUGGGAAAAACUUGGGUCCACCUCAAUAGGCAGACAACUCCUGCAGCUAAUCCGCAAUCUCCAUGAAAGAACUACUCUGAAAAUAAGAUGCAGUCCCCAGGGCCAUCUUACCAAAGUGGUUGAAACUGAGAAAAGCGUCAAGCAAGGGUGCAUUUUGGCUCCACUAUUAUUCAACUUUUAUAUUAACUCAAUGGUGGAACAUCUCUAACACUUGGAUUUCUGCCCUCCAAAACUAGCAGGAAGGAUCUAUCGACAUUACUUUAUGCAGAUGAUGCAGUUCUUCUUUCUAGAACUCAAGUUGGACUGAAAAGAGCCCUAAGAGCAUUAGAGAAUUACAGUAGAGUCUCACUUAUCCAACAUAAACGGGCUGGCAGAACGCUGGAUAAGCGAAUAUGUUGGAUAAUAAGGAGGGGUUAAGGAAAAGCCUAUUAAACAUCAAAUUAGGUUAUGAUUUUACAAAUUAAGCAACAAAACAUCAUGUUAGACAACAAAUUUGGCAGAAAAAGUAGUACAAUACGCAGUAAUGCUAUGUAGUGAUUACUGUAUUUACGAAUUUAGCACCAAAAUAUCACGAUGUAUUGAAAACAUUGACUACAAAAAUGCGUUGGAUAAUCCAGAACGUUGGAUAAGCGAGUGUUGGAUAAGCGAGACUCUACUGUACUAUGAUGAAGAACAACUGCAUCUCAACUUUCAGAAAACCAAAAUUAUGAUGUUUGCUAAACGACCAAAGAAGCACAACUGGAGAAUAGAUGGACACAAAAUUGAACAGGUUUCAAGUUUUAAAUAUGCCAGCCCUACAGCCAGAGAGCACACUGAACUCCACCCAUGAUGCCCAACAAAACUUGCCCAACAAAAUAAACUUUAACUACUGAUGGAGGUUAUGGUGUUAACCUGGCAUGAGGUCAGUUGUAGUUCACCCACAAUCUUAUGUAUUUUGUACAAUUAAAAAUGGACUUUUCAAAUAACCCAGGCAAUGCCAGGUACCCAAACUAGUUUAUUAUAAAGUCAGUCAAGAAGAUUCCACAUAGCUGUCCACAUUUACCUGAUAUGUGCUUUGAAUGCGAUUUCCUGCUUCUUAGCGGGGGGUUGGACUGGAUGGCCCAUGAGCUCUCUUCCAACUCUACUAUUCUAUGAUUCUAUGAUUCUAUGAUUCUAUGAUAUGUGGGCUCAUGUGUUUUGCGAAGCAUAGACACAUCUUUGAAGUUUAUCAGUUGGCAAACUAAGGCUGAAUGGAACUUCUCCAGUUCAUUUUACUUAAGUCCUGCACACUGACUGAUAUGAUGGUAUUUGAAAAGAUUAAAGGAAAGGCACAUUAACCUUGGUGUUUCUCCUAGAGCAACCACUCUUAGCAUAAUUAAACCUUCAAAGGUUCCUCGAAACCACAAGGCCUUCAAAUUUCCCUUCUUCCUCUGAGAGGUAUUAUCUUAAAGUAUGUGUUUAAUAAAUCAUUUCAUCUGAACAAAAAUGUCAACAGAGGAACUGCCUUGCACAUCCCAAUGUUCUAGUUCCCUCUCCAGUCAUCUCCAGGGUUCCAAAUAGUUCAGAAGAAAUUAUGCCUGUAUUUAUUCAAUUGCUUCUGACAUGAAAUUAGACCUGAAACUAGCCUUGAACAUUUCCUUCCGAUAAUGACACUCAUGGUGAAAGAAUCCAGUGGUGUCAACUGGCCACUCUUAAGAAGUCUUGGAGUAAGCGUCUAGGAAAUAAGAGGUGUGUGUGGUACCCGUUUCUCCCGUUUCAUCUGUUCUUUCAUUCCUUUUGUUCCAUUUGGGAACAACCCAUGCCAUUGCCAAAAAUGAUGGGAAGAGGAAGGGAAUUCCCCCUACCAUUGCUACCAGUUAAAGAAGAGUGUGAUGUCCCAUGGACCCUUGGGCCGUGAACCUGACUCCAUUGUGGACAACAGUGAUGAGGAAACAGGUUUAGUGCCAAUUCAGCAAGACUCUGCCCCGUUCCAGAUGUUUCCUAUUGACAAUUCUAGUUCAGUGCUCAUUAAAAAGGGCCUUGAAACGGAGUCUUCUCUUCCCAGUUCUCCUCCCUUUGAUAGAAAGAUGUUUGUGGAAACUAACAGACAGGAGAAAGCUGGCAGGAGACGAAGCGCGCGAUUAGCAGCAAGGGAAUCUGCUAAUUAACCUAUUUUCCCCUGAGAAUUCUAAGGGAGGAUUGCAUCUGGUCAAGAUGUUGUUUUAGCUCUUUUCCCAAGGGAAAAGAGCAGUUGAGACACCCGUUUCAAGGGAAGAUUCGAAGUUCUUAAAAGUUCUGUGCGCUGGCUAGCCAGCGCGGAGUCAACGUGUCAGUUUGGAGGAUUAACUUCACUUCCAGCCAAGUGUGGACUGAGUUUUAAGUCCACUACCUUCCAGCCUUGCCAUGCCUUGCCUAGCUGUGUUUCUUGUCUUGUCUUGCCAUGAUUCCAGCCUUGCCUUGUCGUGCCGUGUAUCCAGCCUUGUCUUCAAUUCCUUGCCUUGGACUUGCUUUUGAACUUUAGAAAAAGACUUGGACAUUUCCCCACUCAAACUGCUUGGAAGUUGAGUUCGUUUCGGUUUUUGGAUUACAAACUUUAAACUCUAAUAUUAUAUAUUGGACAAUAUAUUACUGGACUAUAUUUGACCUUUCCUGGAAGGUCUAUUGAUGAACUAUACCUUCUGCUUGUUUUCAUUUUAAUUUCUUAAUUCCUUAAUAAAGAUAUUAGAUUGUUUAUUGGCCUCGGUGUAUUGGGUUCCAGUGCUCUCGCAGCAGGGGCGUCACAAAGAGUGAAAUAGUGAGGCUGGGCACUUGCCUGUGUGUGGGGUGUGUGGAGCAUCUUUGACAUUUGGCAAGAAAUAAUGGUGUCCUAUCUGCCUCGAUCCCGCUUCUGCUCCUGGAGAAGUUAGAGGGUGGGGCCAGCGGAGGGGGGGUGGAGAAGGAAUGUAUUUAAGGAGAUUUUAUUUUUAGAAAGAAAAAAUCCCUAAAAAUCGGGAUUGACCCAAAUGUUAUAAAACUUGGUGGGCUAAGAAGAUAGAUGUGUCCUCUAUGUGUGGCGAUUUUCACCCCUCUAGACCUAAAACGGAGGGGAAGGAGAGCCUGGAAAAGUGUCCAGUGGGUUGAAAUGUUUUUUUUUUCCCCCAUAUACAGAACAAAAACGCCCAUUCGGAAAGGCACCCAAUUUUGGGAGGCACUUGAAAACGAAAACGGCGGGCUUACAAAUGAAACAAACAGAAACAGAUAGUGAUUCUAUACAAAUGCACAAGACUAAUAUCUACACCUCUCAUGCCACGAAAGUGAUUAAAUCAAAUUAACCCCCCUCUGCAUUUCUCAGUUGUGUUUUAAAAGGUAUCUUGGAUGUUUUAUCUAGAAGGUUCCAAGAUUAUAAGUGCCUUUUUAAAAAUAUCCAAUUGACAUUUCUCAGUGUAGAGAAAAUGAAUAACUUUAAUUUUAAUGAGAGAAGGGCAAAUCCAGAAUGCAGGGUUUUCUUUUUCUU